AUGGCUUUACAGAUUGAUUCCAUGAAAAAUGGCUUCUUGGUGGUACCUUUCGCAUUGAACGAGUCCAAAAAAUUGCAAGAGAAAAUGAAGAGCACAACGCCCACAGAUGAAGCGGAUACUACUUUGGCGCACUACAUGUUUAUGAAAAAGCACCAGUCCAAAAACGAACAAGAGCAAAAUUGUAUUUUUGUUGUGAAUUUGCCUCUGCUCACCAACCAAGAAAACUUGAAAAAAGGCAUGGGACAGAUUUUGGCACAAUACGGCGCCGUGGCCCAUAUCUCACAAUUGCUUCACAAUGACGAGUUUGGUCUCCACGAUAUUGAUCUCUCAAGUCUCACGUCGACUUUGAUGUCCACCGGAGGCGUCGAAGAGAAACGGUUUACGCCCAGAAAUUCCGCCCUAUUACAGUUCAUCGACUCGUCCAGUCUCGAUAAUGCUUGGAGCGCACUGCGGAAGUACUCACAAGAGCGUGAUUCUUCGAAGCUCGCAAAGUGGACGUUUGAGUCGCCCUCUUUGGAGACUUUCACCAAUUUCUAUAAACCCAUUGACACAGAGUACCUCAAAGAAGACGUGUACUCACACAUGGCGCUUUUCGAGCAACGAGAACAAGAGGCUCAGGAAGAAGCACAGUCUUCGAUUGUGGACGAAGAUGGAUUUACUUUGGUGGUUGGCAAAAACACUAAAUCCUUGAACUCCAUCAGGAAAAAGAUUCUAAACAGGAAUCCAUUGUUGAAACAUGAAAAGGUUGUAAAGCCUCCAACGAUGGUGGACAAGAAGGCCAAGCAAGAUUUCUACAGAUUCCAAAUCAGAGAACGCAAGAAACAAGAGAUUAGCGAACUGUUGAAAAAGUUCAAGCAAGAUCAGGAGAAGAUCAAAGAAAUGAAAAGCAGGCGGAGAUUCAAUCCAUACACCUGA